CCGCCCCCUAGGAAUCAUUUCAACAGUCAUUUUGAGAAGACACACUGCCCGAGUGAAUUCAUCGCAUCAAAUUCGUCCAUAUUGGAGGUCCAACAAGCAGUGCCGAAAUCCCAUCGAGAGGCUUGUCGGACGGGUUGUAGAACUCUUGACCCACCAUUGCGUAUUCGUACAGAAGCACACCCAAACGCACAUAAUAUUUGCAUACAUCAGCUGUCGAAUUUUUUAUCCAUACUACAUAGUCCUCGACAAGCCUCAGCGAGGUCAAAAGCUUUCAAUUCUCAUGCAUCUUUUUACAUAGUGCGCAGUUCAGUUUGCAGCGCUUGUUUGAUACUUUGACAAAUCUUCUUCGAAGAUCCAGCUUCCUCCCUAUUGCAACUUGAAGUGGGACCUUAACAGAUUUCGUGCCUCCUUUUUGAGUCCCCAUUACCAGUCCAGGUGCUCCAAACUGUAUAAUAACCUCAGAAAUCCGAGCAAGCAAAUCACACCACCCACCCAGGAGCCAACACUUCAGUCGCAGGCAAAAUAUUAGCAUACAUAAUUCAUAGCCUGUGGCUGCCAAGAGAGGAAGAACUGCCCAUGCGAUAACAUCGUUCUUAAUUUCUUACUCAACAUUCGGAUAAUUACAACUAAACUCAGGAAGGCAAUCGAGACAUGAGUGAAGAACGCACCUCCAUAUUUAUCCCAAGGACUUCGUUGAGGUCUCCCGGUUUCAUAGGCCCGGUCAUCGUCGCUACCGCACUGGUAGUCGCUUCUAUCUUCACUGCACCAUGGGAUGAUGACUUCUCUGUUAUCAAAAUUCAAGAUCCAACGUUUGUUGGGUUCGUCGGUAUCUGGGGUGCCUGUACCAGGUAUAAUGCCGACAACGCCACCACUGCAAACCCAACUGCGACGUUGACUGGAAACUCUACACUUGAUGCGAUGAUUCACAAUUCGGGCAAAAAUAGAGGUUGCUCUCGACCUGGCUUUGGAUGGACAUUUAGCCUCCCCGUCAACAGCACCGGACUUGCUGGAGUCCCACUUCCCAAUAGCACCAUUGGCUUCAAUGUAGACCAAUCAGAAAAUACAAGCGAUCAGGUCUGGGUAGAAGUUAUGAGCAAAUCACAAUCUCACUUAUUGGUUACACAUGUCUUAGCUGGUAUUAUGGCCACAGUUGGCUUACUGUUGUUACUAAUACCUUACAAGCCAUUCGAAAAAACAUCACCUAGUCUAGCCAAAUUCAUAAAGACUGGGUCUGUCAGCUUGAUUCUGGUGGCUUUGGGAGCAAUUGCAUCACUGGUCUCAUUCGUCCUCACGUUGAUGACAGCACUCAAAGUUCGGGAUACCAUAAAUCAAAUCGGUGGUGGCGGUGGGACACAUGCUUCGCUAGGAAACAUAUUCUGGUUCUCCAUUGCCUCGUUUUGUUUGUGUGUUCCUUCACUCUGGUCGACAAGAGGGCCGAUGUGAGAAGCAAUCCGGACAGUUUUCGAUCUCUUGCACAUUCAUUCGAUGUAUCCGUUUACGACAUCAGACUGCCACUCUCUAAGGAUUAAGACAAUCAGACAAGAAAUCACUACCUUGUGUUUCUAGUGCGGCGAUUUCUUGCAACACCCUCUUGCUAUUUUGCCAACAUCUCUCAGCCACACCGCAUCCUCGAAAGGUAUAAGAUACCCAAUUUAUGAAGACACCCUAUGCAUUUAUCCGAAAUCAUCCGCAAGAUUUAUGCCGCAAAUUCUCAAUCUUUUCUCCUACAUCUCAUGGCACCGGUGUGGUACAUUCUACAAACUUUCAAAGUCUUGAAAACCCAAUCUUUUGACUAUGUUAAUAAGAUAUUAUGCAACAACCAAGCAGAACAUCUAAUU